AUGUAUCUUGCUAAUACUACAAGGCCUCAUAUAGCUUUUGUUGUUAAUUUGUUAGCAAGGUAUAGUUCUGCUCUUACUAGGAGACAUUGGAAUGGGAUCAAACAAAUUUUGCGAUAUCUUAAAGGGACAGCUGAUAUGGGCUUAUUUUAUUCUAACAAUUGUAGCCCCAAUCUUGUUGGUUAUGCUGAUGCAGGAUAUUUAUCUGAUCCACACAAAGCUCGAUCCCAAACAGGCUAUGUGUUUAUAUGUGGGGGUACUUCCAUAUCUUGGAGAUCUACAAAGCAGUCCAUCGUAGCCACUUCAUCAAAUCAUGUUGAGAUAAUAGCUAAUCAUGAAGCAAGUAGAGAAUGUGUGUGGUUAAGGUCUAUGAUAAAUCUCAUUCGAGAAAAAUAUGGUUUGGAAUGUGAUAAAAUACCCACCACUUUAUAUGAAGAUAAUGCAGCAUGCAUAGCUCAACCUAAGGGAUGA